AAAACAAAUAAAACUUAUUAUAAAUAAACUCAAUCCCAGAAAUCAUUUAUUCUUCAGCUUCCUUCCUACCUUUUAAUGCAGUUAACGAAUUGAAGGCAACAAAAUGGAUGCCUCAUCGUCCUCUUUCCUCUCUGCAAUACAAACUUCAAAGCUCCUCACCGGUACCAUGGCAAUGAGCAUUCCGAAAUCUGCUGUCACAACCACACCAUCAUUUCUAUCUCGUCAUCUUCCUUCCCUCAAUGUAUCAUCAGUUAGAAUUGAAGAGAAACCCCAGAACUCAACUACAAGACCUACCACCAGCAGAACUUCACGCCCUGCAUCAUCAACAACAACCUUGCCUGCUGCAACAAAACCAACACCAUCGACAAGGAAAUCUCCUGCAAAUGAUAGACGAGUUGUAGUGCCAAACCAGCCCACCAUGAUGUUUAAUGUAUUGGAAGGCGUCAUCAACAACUUCAUAGACCCUCCGCUUCGGCAAUCAGUUGAUCCUAGAUAUGUACUUAGUGAUAACUUUGCUCCAGUUGAUGAACUUCCUCCAACUGAGUGUGAGGUAAUCCAUGGAUCUCUACCAUCAUGCCUUGAUGGUGCAUACAUCCGAAAUGGCCCUAAUCCUCAGUACCUCCCUCGAGGACCUUACCAUUUAUUUGAUGGUGAUGGCAUGCUUCACUCCAUCAGGAUCUCCCAGGGGAAAGCCACUCUCUGCAGUCGCUACGUCAAGACUUACAAAUAUACCAUGGAGCGAGAUGCUGGGGCUCCAGUUCUUCCAAAUGUGUUCUCUGGAUUCAAUGGACUUGCUGCCUCCGCAGCUCGUGGUGCUCUCUCUGCUGCUCGAAUUCUGACUGGUCAAUUUAAUCCAGUUAAUGGUAUUGGUCUAGCAAACACUAGCUUGACUUAUUUUGGCAACCGACUCUACGCCCUUGGCGAGUCGGAUCUACCUUAUGCUGUGCGUUUGACAUCAAAUGGAGACAUAGAGACGCUGGGUCGUCAUGAUUUUGAUGGAAAGCUGCUGAUGAGCAUGACUGCUCACCCCAAGAUAGACUUGGAGACAGGGGAGGCCUUUGCUUUCAGAUAUGGUCCCGUCCCUCCAUUUCUAACAUACUUUCACUUCGAUGGAAAUGGAAAGAAACAACCAGAUGUUCCCAUAUUUUCCAUGACGAGACCUUCUUUCCUCCAUGACUUUGGAAUUAGCAGCAAGUAUGCUAUAUUUGCCGACAUACAGAUUGGGAUGAACCCCAUGGAAAUGAUAUUUGGAGGUGGCUCCCCGGUGGGUUCGGACCCAGCAAAAGUAUGCAGGCUUGGAAUCAUCCCUCGAUACGCAACGGAUGAAUCAGAGAUGAAAUGGUUCGAUGUGCCAGGGUUCAACAUCAUACACGCUAUCAAUGCAUGGGAUGAGGAGGAUGCCGUAGUCAUAUUAGCACCAAACAUUUUAUCAGUAGAACACACACUGGAGCGAAUGGACCUUAUCCAUGCCUUGGUUGAGAAAGUGAGAAUAGACUUGAAAACAGGCAUAGUUACAAGAAACCCGGUUUCAGCUAGAAACCUGGACUUUGGGGUGAUUAACCCAGCUUAUUUAGGGAAGAAGAACAGAUUCGUGUACGCGGCAAUAGGUGACCCUAUGCCAAAGAUAUCAGGGGUGGUGAAGCUGGAUGUUUCCAAAGGAGCGCGGCAGGAAUGUACGGUGGCUAGCAGGAUAUAUGGGCCAAGAUGCUAUGGUGGCGAGCCUUUCUUUGUAGCAAGGGAGCCUGAGAAUCCAGAGGCAGAGGAAGAUGAUGGGUACGUGGUGUCAUAUGUUCAUGAUGAGAUAGCAGGAGAGUCCAAGUUCUUGGUGAUGGAUGCAAGAUCACCAGGGCUUGAUAUUGUGGCUGCCGUAAGGUUACCUCGGCGGGUUCCUUACGGCUUCCAUGGACUUUUUGUGAAGGAAAGUGACCUGAAAAAGCUCUAGCCAGCAACCAGAAGCAGGCUGCAGGACAUACGGUAGUUACUUUUACGUGAAGAAACACUAAAUGCAUAUGGAUUGAAAUUACAAACAAUCUUCAGCACAGGAUUAAACUGUAUGCAAUGGGUACCCACAAUGUCACAUGUAAAGUUUGAUGACACUUCCCUAAAAACCCGCUUGUUAUCUUUCAAGUUCGGAUAAAAUUAUAGAUUCCAACAUAAAAGGAUAGCGGAUUGCGUCUAAAUUGGAUGGAAGAAGAAGGGAAGAUAAAUAAAUUUUAGAAGUUCUUGUUUCUUUGAA